AUGACGCUCAGUUCCUCGUUCAACACCGUCACCGAUAAGAACCGCUUCACCUCAUUGGAACUCUUGCUGCAGAAGCUCAGCCACUACGUUGGACGCCGUCAAUACAGGAUGGCGUCUGAUCUGACGCAGCAUCUGGAGCAGUUCAAGGCGCUUGGCAUCGACUGGCACGAACUCAAGUUUCUCCAGCGAAGCGAGCUCGUCGAGCUAUUCAGUGGGCCAUUGAAGCUCAACCAUGCGGAGCGGGCGGUGCUACUCACUGCAUUGGAGGCAAAGGUCUGCGGUGUGCUCUGCCGCGAUACAACACGGCACUCCACGAAGCUGUGCCUGAACCCGGGUGUGGUGGAGCAUGGGUGGCGCUGUGGUGAGGACGGGCACACAAAUGACGUGUACUUCGAAGGGAAGGAGCAGGCGAACCCGGCGGUGCUCCAGUUGGCACACCGCUCUGUGUCUCGUGUGGCGCGUCGUGAUGGCAUCGACGUGGAGGUGCGUCAUGAGCCCGACUUCGCCAUUGUGGGCCGCAACUCGACUGAGCUGAACCCACGAAUCUGGAAUGCACCAAAACACAGCACAUUUGUGGUGACGCCGAUUGGCUAUGAGUUUCGCGUCCACCCCGACGAUCCGCGCGCCGUGCACCAGAUUGAGCAAGCCGCUGCUGAGUGGGAGCUGCACCUGGAAGUUGUGCAGCAAGUCAUCUCUGAGGUGCUAGAAUUGUACGCCGUAGAGCGGGGAGAGCAGGCGUUGCAUCUGAUGCCAGGCGAAAUAGGCGAACCGGACGUGCCGGAGGUGUACAGCAGCGCGUUUCAUACACGGCGAUCAUCCUCAUUGCAACCCAAAGAGGACGGUGCAGUCACAGAACACCGCAUGAUGAGCGCGAGUGGGGCCGAGAGGCCGUGGUUCCAGACACCGCUACCGCAGCGAUUCACGCGUGGGGUGCCGAAGCUGCUUCCCUUCGCGCCAACGAUCAUCUUGCAUAGCACCUUCCGGAACAUCGAGCGCGACAUCAGCUCUGCUGAUGUGAAUCGCCGACUAAUGCAGCCAGUCAUGGACAUUUCGUGCCUUGUGCACCCAAACGCGUGCUUCUGGUGGAAUGCAGAGGAGGAGGAGCGUUCGACACGACUCAUCCUGGACUACGCCAAGCGCAUGCCAUUCGCGCUCCCGUUCAACUUAUAUUUUCGUGUCGAUCCUGCCAAGGUUCUUCGUGCGAAACCCGCCUUGGUUGUGGAGAAAGACAGCUUACUACGUGCAAAAUUGUCUCUCUUCGACUUGCGCCAUUUUCGCUCAGCUGCGCGGACAACGGCGGCCGAAUCAGAUGAUCCGUGGCGCCCUACAGAACAGGAGAGUACGCACGGCUGUGCGUCUGUGACGCCGCUCUGA